AAGCACAGCGCUCGAGUAGAAAGGAAGAGCUAGUCCUCCAUCACCAUGGCUUCCAAGCAAACGCUCGCUGUCGUGGCGGCCGCGAUCGCCUUCGUCUUCCUCCCCGCGCUCGCCUCCGCCACGGAUCACGUCGUGGGCGAUGGCCUCGGCUGGACGCUCGGGAUCGACUACGCUGCCUGGGCCGAGGGCAAGCAGUUCAGAGUCGGCGACACGAUCGCUUUCAAGUACAGCAAUGUCUUCCACAACGUGGCGGAGCUGGGCGGGCAGGACUUCAGGGCGUGCAACAAGGCCGCGGCCAGCUCCAUCUGGAACUCCGGCGAGGACCGUCUCACCCUCGACAGGCCGGGGCGGAGGUGGUUCAUCUGCGCGGUGAACGACCACUGCCAGCGUGGCAUGAAGCUCAACGUCACCGUUCUUCCGGGCACGCCUGCCCCUGCUCCGGCGCCGGCGCCGGCCCCUCGACCGUCUCGGCGCUUCCUUUCCAGAUGGUGA